AAAAGACAUUAAUAAACGACUCUAACUCAGUGCCGAAAGGGAGCUGUUACAGCUUGUCCAUUUAAUAGAUGGUUUAUCAGAUUAAGGAUACAAUGGAACUGUCCUCGUGUGCGGUGGGUGUGCGGAAACCUCGGUUGAAGAAUGCCUGCCCAUCGUUCGAGCCUCCCUCGGGCCAACCGAUCUACGGAACCGGACCGACCAGACAGCAAAAGAAGCAAGACGGUGCCGGCGGCGGUGGUUCGUCGGAGUUUUCCAGCCUUUCCCGCGAAGAACGUCGUCGGCGACGCCGGGCAACACUCAAAUACCGGACGGCACACGCGACACGGGAACGUAUCCGUGUCGAGGCAUUCAAUGUGGCGUUCACGGAGCUCCGGAAGCUGCUACCAACGUUGCCGCCGGACAAAAAGCUGUCCAAAAUAGAGAUACUGAAGCUGGCCAUUUGCUACAUUUCUUAUUUGAAUCAUGUGCUGGACGCCUGAUUGUGCGAGUGUUUGAGUUACUGUCAAGUAUUGAUCCAUUUUGAAUAAAUAUGAUACAUUCAUACGUGUAGAAAAUUGGUCAUUUGUUGCAGGCUACAA